CGUCCAGCAUCCUUUCAAACACAUUUCUUUGACUUAUCCGUCCCUUGCACGCUCCUUUAUACACAUAACGUAUUUUCAAAAUGAGCUCCAGCGACCCAGAGAGAGAUCACGCGCUGCAAGAAUACAAGGCCAAACUUCUAGAAUCAAGAGAAUGGGAAAGUAAACUGAAGGCGCUACGGCUAGAGAUCAAAGCCUUACAGCGUGAAUACGAUGUGAGCGAGGAAAACAUCAAAGCAUUACAAUCAGUGGGCCAGAUAAUAGGAGAGGUGCUCAAACAGCUGGAUGAUGAGAGAUUUAUUGUGAAGGCGUCGUCUGGCCCGCGUUACGUUGUAGGAUGUCGCUCUAAACUGGACAAGACCAAACUCAAACAAGGAGUUCGCGUCGCCCUCGACAUGACCACUCUCACGAUAAUGCGAAUGCUGCCUCGAGAGGUCGAUCCGCUUGUUUACAACAUGUCGCUGGAAGACCCUGGUCAGGUAAGCUUCGGCGGUAUCGGUGGCUUGAACGAACAGAUCCGCGAGUUAAGAGAAGUCAUUGAACUGCCUCUCAAAAACCCAGAGUUGUUCUUAAGAGUAGGCAUCAAGCCGCCAAAGGGCGUACUGCUAUAUGGGCCGCCGGGCACAGGCAAAACACUAUUAGCCAGGGCAGUCGCAAGCAGUCUCGAGACGAACUUCCUUAAAGUUGUCUCGUCAGCUAUCGUGGACAAGUAUAUCGGAGAGUCAGCUCGGCUGAUUAGAGAAAUGUUCGGCUAUGCGAAAGAGCACGAACCUUGCAUCAUCUUCAUGGACGAAAUCGAUGCAAUCGGUGGCAGAAGGUUUUCUGAGGGCACAUCUGCAGAUCGUGAGAUCCAGAGAACGCUCAUGGAGCUGCUCAAUCAGCUAGAUGGUUUCGAUUACUUGGGCAAGACGAAGAUCAUCAUGGCAACGAAUCGUCCGGAUACCCUUGAUCCAGCGUUACUUCGUGCCGGUCGUUUGGACAGGAAAAUCGAGAUCCCGCUGCCAAAUGAAGUCGGACGGUUGGAGAUUCUGAAGAUUCAUGCUAGGAAUGUGGUGACGGAAGGCGAGAUUGAUUUUGAGAGCGUGGUGAAGAUGAGUGAUGGCUUUAACGGUGCCGACUUGCGAAACGUGGUGACUGAAGCUGGUCUCUUCGCUAUCAAAGAGUAUCGAGAUGCAAUCAGCCAAGACGACUUUAACAAGGCUGUACGUAAAAUGGCAGAGACGAAGAAGCUGGAAGGCAAGCUCGAAUACCAGAAGUUAUGAGUGGUUAAAACUGGAGCAGGACAUUCAAUCUGCCCAUAUUCGAGGCUGGGAUGGUUUGAUCUCUGGCUUGGCUUGCUACAUAACCACCACAAAAAGACAGUCAUGUCUGUGACAGCAUCAAUGAAAUGCUUGAUAAGAGCAUUUUUGCAUUGUGUGGCGUAUCAUAUUCGAAAAGCAAGAGCAAGGCGCAGGCUUGUAUACUAUGUAUGAGCGAACCAUGCAGAACUAUCAUAGUUUUAAGAGCUAGACAAAUGAUAUAAUGCUACUUUUGGCUCAUCUAUC